GUCACUCUAAUAUGGUAUAAUAUGGAGGAUUGGACCGGAAUCGGAGCUGGCUCUAACCACCUGGAAAAUAUUUAAUGCUGGAAGCUUUCAAGGUGCAAAUCUGAGAGCAGUAGUGGGUGAGCUGAAGUGCAGGCCGUAGAGAUAGAGGCGAUGCCAACAAGAAUAGAGCUCAAGCUCUCCCGACCCAACCGCAUCUAUCGCCCUUCCGAGCCUCUUCAAGGCAAAAUCGUGGUGAAGUCUGCUUCUUCCAUUUCUCACUAUGGAAUUCGCAUGGCCCUCAACGGAUCAGUCAACCUCCAGGUUCGAGGAGGAUCGGCAGGCGUAAUCGAGUCCUUUUACGGUGUUGUCAAGCCGAUUACCAUCCUGAGUAAGAGCCUUGACAUUAAACCAUCUGGAAAGAUUGUUUCAGGUACAACAGAGAUACCAUUCUCUAUAAUUCUGAGGAAUUCUAAAGAAGAUAAUUUGGAAAGAUUUUAUGAAACAUUCCAUGGAACAAAUAUUAGCAUCCAGUAUUUGGCAACUGUAGAUAUAAUGAGAGGAUACCUGCAUAAACCAUUAUCUGCUAUAGUGGAAUUCAUAGUUGAAAGUGAUAGAGCUGAUCUUCUUGAUCAACCGAUUCCUCCUGAGAUGGUUAUCUUUUACAUUACUCAAGACACUCAAAGACAUCCUAUACUUCCUGAACUGAAAUCAGGUGGCUUUCGCAUCAUAGGAAGAAUAUCCACACAACGUUCGAUGCUUGAACCUCUCAGUGGAGAACUAACAGUUGAAGCAUCUGCAAUUCCAAUUUGUUCCAUUGACAUUCACUUACUUCGUGUGGAGUCGAUUCUUCUCGGGGAAAAAAUCGUCACUGAAACCUCUUUGAUACAGACUACACAGGUAGCAGAUGGAGAUGUCUGUCGUAAUAUGACUCUGCCGAUAUAUGUUGUACUCCCCCGUCUUUUGACUUGUCCAACUGUCUUAGCUGGUCCAUUCUCCAUUGAAUUCAAAGUUGCUAUAGUCAUCAGCUUUCAGUCUGAGUUGUCCAAAUUACAUCCCAAAUCUGAUCCGAGAACUCCAAGACUAUGGACGGCGAUGGAAACUCUUCCACUUGAACUUGUUCGAACAAGUGCAUUUGACUCCAACGCUAAGGACUGAUACAAAGCAUUCCCAGAUGUUCCCAAUGCUCAUGUCUCUGCCGCUUUGGCCAGUUUGAUUAAAGACUCCUUCAUUUUCGAAUUUGAUUAAAGGAACAACUAUCUCCACCAGACAAUCACGCAGAGCCAUCUUAACAUAACCAUGUAGGUUCCAAUCUCCUGUAAACAUGCUGCUUGUGGGACAUUUGCUUGUACACAACUCCAUUAAAAGGAUGCCAUAGCUGUACAAUUAUGCAAUUACAAACACUUCAAGUAACUGCCACUCUAUCUGGGAAAGAUCAUAUGCAGAAUGUAUCAACUCUAAUAGAUGGUAAAUUAAACAAAAAAUCGUUUAACAGGUCAUAUAAACUCAACUCUAUCGGAACUAGGAACUAAUAGAGAAGGGAAUUGCCUGGUGGAAUGUAUCCCAUAGUUCCUCUUUGAAUUGCUUUGCGCCUAAGUGGUCACUGUUAGAAUUUAAAUUUUCUCUCUUGAUUUGUUCUUUUGUUUGACAUAACGUAAUGCAACCCUUGACUUAGAAGAUUUAUUUACCUAAUGCUAAGAUGUGUUAGAUUUUUGCA